UUUCGCCCGUCAUGGAUGCGCCGUCAUCAUUAGGUCGAAGUGGGAUGCUACUCACGUCCCGGGGCGGCGGUGGCUCGAUGCCGGCGUCGACUCGGACCUAUGCAAUGGAAGAUCGGCAUCUGUCUAGGAUUCUAUGGGGAGACGAUGAGGACGUUGACCCGCCUCCUGAAGUGCAUCCGUGGCGGAUGGUCACCCCGCGACUCAAGACGAUGGACGUGGCGCUCGUGCUCUGCUUGAACAUCGGAACGGAUCCUCCAGACAUUGUCAAGCCGACCCCGUGUGCGAGGAAGGAGUGCUGGGUCGAACCAUUCUCGAUGCCGGCGCAGAAAGCGCUCGAGACGAUCGGCAAGACGUUGCAGUCCCAGUACGAGCGAUGGCAGCCCCGCGCGCGGUACCGGCAGUCUCUGGACCCCACCGCCGACGAGAUCAAGCAACUGUGCGUAUCCCUCCGCCGGCACGCCAAGCACGACCGCGUCCUUUUCCACUACAACGGCCACGGCGUUCCCCGACCGACCGCGAACGGCGAGGUGUGGGUCUUCAACAAGAGCUACACCCAGUACAUCCCCCUGCUCGUGUACGAGCUCCAGGUAUGGGUCGGCACGCCCAGCAUCUACGUGUUCGACUGCUCUGCCGCGGGGAUCCUUCUCCAGCACUUCCGCGCCACCGACGCCAUCCUCUUGGCAGCAUGCGGCGCGACCGAGGUGCUGCCCAUGCACCCGAGUCUGUGCGCCGAUGUAUUCACGUCAUGCCUCACGACUCCCAUCACCGUUGCAUUACGGUGGUUCCUUUCCCAGAACGAGAAAAGCAUGGGCCACCUCGAACCCAGUGUCAUCGAUCGCAUUCCAGGCAAACUCACCGACCGAAAGACUCCCCUGGGCGAAUUAAACUGGAUUUUCACGGCUAUUACCGACACCAUUGCGUGGAAUUUGUUUCCGCCGGCGCUAUUCCAGCGAUUAUUUCGCCAAGAUCUGCUGGUGGCGUCGCUUUUUCGCAACUUUUUACUCGCCGAGCGCAUUUUAAAAGCCCACGGAUGCACCCCCGUGUCGAUUCCCGAGCUGCCGCCGACAUCCCACCACCCGUUGUGGAGGUCUUGGGACUUGGCAGCUGAAACCUGCUUAUCCCAACUCCACUCCCCUACUAGUACUACUACUAGUACUACUACCUUGCCAUCGUCUCCGAUCACGUUUCAUCACUCUCGGUUCUUUGCCGAACAACUCACUGCGUUCGAAGUAUGGCUUGAGUUUGCCUCUCCCGCCAAGCCGCCGCCGCCGCAGCUGCCCAUCAUCCUCCAGAUGCUGCUCAACCAGGCGCUCCGUCUGCGGGCGCUCCGUCUGCUCACGGCCUUCUUCGAGCUCGGCCCGUAUGCGAUCAACCUGACCCUGAACGUGGGGAUUUUUCCCUAUGUGGAAAAGUUGCUGCAGAGUCCGGCGCCAGAACUCCGCCAUGUGCUUGUAUCUAUCUGGUGCAAAAUCCUCUUGCUCGAUAAAUCGUGCCAGGUCGACCUCGUCAAGGUCCACGGGCACGCGUACUUCCUGCACCAUCUCGUGGGCACGUCCCCCCUCUCCACGUCGCAAAAGAUUCAGUCGCUGGCGGUUCUAGCCCGACUCUGCGACGGAUACGUACCCGCGCAGGAGCUGCUUCAUCCGCACAUUGGCGCCAUCGUCCCGAUAUUAACUGACGUCGACCCAAACGUUCGGCUGUGGGCAUGUCUUGUGCUGGGCAAAAGCUGGGAACUUUAUCUCAACAUGGAGGUGUCGGCGGCCUCGGCGGCGCUCGUCCAUGUUGCGGCAUCGGAUCCGAGUCCGAGUACCCGCGCGGCCGCCGUGUUUGCACUGGGUACUUUAUGCAAAUCUCAAAGCAACGGAGUCUUGUUGGCGGCGCAACUGAGUGGUAGCCUCGUCGAGGAUGCGUCGCCGUUGGUUCGCAGGGAAGGAAUCCUCGCGUACGCUGGUGUGGUGCUACGGCCGGGGAAUAUUUCCCCCUUGGAAGAAGAAGAAGAAGGAGAUCUCAAGUUCCUGCUCCAUGUAUUAACCCAAGUGCACCAGAAAGACCCGUUUAUACCUAUACGACGACUCGUCAAGAUGAUCUUGGCGAGGGUUCCCACGGUAGCAUUGGCCUCGUCGAGCGUUGUCCCUAGGGAAAAUUCCCUGCCAACCUCGACCAACCUCGACAUGACUGUGGGGAAAAAUUCUCUGCCUGCCCGGGACAAGGCCGAUUCUGUUGUGCUGCCCCCCCAAUUGCAAAGCAAAUUGUACGCGUGGGCGGCCGCCGAGUUGUUGACCCCUAGUGGGAAAAUUCCCCGCGAAGAUGAUCAUGAUCCCACUGGUUUCGACCCGUUGAGCUCGGAAGGCCAGCUCACGAUGCAGCGAAGUCGAAACUAUGCUUGUAUUCGAGCCACGGCAACGCAAUUGGGAUUGGGCAAGGACGACGACAUUGGCCACUACGGUCUCCACCUAAGACAAAGUGCCGUGUUCAACAGCAAGUCGGAAAUGACGUCGUUGAUGGUGUUUCACCCGUACGACAGUGUCCUGGUUGUAGCCGACGACAAGGAUCAAGUGGCCGUUUGGAACGUCGACACGAAUGACCGCGUGCUCCAAUUUGGCAACCAAAACCCCGUCGGAUCCCGCGUGACCUCUCUCGGGUGGAUCAACCAAGAAACCGAGUCUAUUUUGUACUGCGGAUCGGACGAUGGCGUGGUUAAGCUGUAUGAGAACGCGUCGUCCAAUAUGGUGCUAGCGUUUGCAGCUGUGCCGGAUCUGGCGCCUGGUACCCGCGGUUCUGGGCUUAUUACCACGUGGCAGCAGCAGUCGGGGCUGUUUUUUGCCGGUGGUAACUCGACUACGUUACGGGGAUGGCAGCUCGACCAGGAACGGUGCACGAUUGCGCUGCCCACACAAACCGAAGCGUGCGUGACCAGCUUACACAGCGACGAAAGCAUCGGGUGUAUGGCAGCCGGCUUUGGCGAUGGUACCAUCCGCCUCUUCGAUGUCCGCAGCAAUAAGGCGCCGAUGGUGCUCAAAGAACAUACGAGCUGGGUUGUGGGCGCGCACUUGUACCAGUCGAAAUACGAACUCUUGUCAGGGUCAGUGUCUGGAGAGCUAAAGUUUUGGGAUUUGCGAUACAACAAGAGCAGUGUCAAGACAUUUGAAGCCCAUCGCAGCCCCAUGACGGCGCUGGCAGUGCACGCGUUCGCGCCAGUGUACGCCACGGGGUCGCAUAACCAGUUUAUCAAGGUAUUCCGCCAAGACGGAGACCAGUUGGCGCUGAUUCGGUAUCACGAAGGGUUUCUCGGCGAGCGCAUUGGCCCUGUGAGUUGCCUUGCGUUCCACCCGCAUCGACUGCUCUUGGCGGCCGGCGCCACGGAUUCACUGAUUGCCAUCUAUUCCAGCGAUAAAUAAGUUAAAAAAAUUAGUUAUACUACUAUUAAUACCACCAA